GACAAGUGAUCCCCUUGUCCGUAUGAACUCAGCGCACAUGUGACAUCUAGGUUUAUACAUAUGCCAUCUAUGCUCGCUGUUCGCUGCGAUGGAAAGUUGUAAUAUUUCCGACGUUUUGUGAACACAGCUCCUCUGACUGGUUUACCGCGAUGGAAAGUAAACCAGCCCUACUUGCUUUGCAAGCGAGGAAGAAACGGACAAAGCCCCGGAAGACAGCAAGAAAACCAGAACCCCAGGGCCUUGGUGGCUGCUCCAAGCCAAGUAAGCCAGAACAGUCCGUACCUGAUCAGGAUCAGGAUGAGGAAAAGGAGAUCCUGGGCUCGGACGACGAUGAACAAGAGGACCCCUGUGACUACUGCAAGGGAGGAUAUCACCAUGUGAAGAUUGGAGAUCUUUUCAACGGGAGGUACUAUGUGAUCCGAAAGCUUGGCUGGGGGCACUUUUCCACCGUGUGGCUAGCCUGGGACAUCCAGGAGAAGCGUUUCGUAGCCAUGAAGGUGGUGAAAAGUGCUGAACAUUACACCGAAACUGCUUUGGACGAGAUCAAGCUUCUCAAAUCUGUUCGACACACAGACGCCGAUGAUCCCAACAGGGAGAGAGUGGUGCAGCUUCUAGAUGACUUCAAAAUUUCUGGCGUGAACGGCACUCAUGUAUGCAUGGUGUUUGAAGUGUUGGGGUACCAUCUACUUAAGUGGAUCAUCAAAUCAAAUUAUCACGGCCUUCCCUUGCCUUGUGUUAAAAGUAUCAUUAGACAGGUCCUCCAGGGUUUAGACUACCUCCACAAAAAAUGUAAAAUCAUACACACGGACAUCAAACCGGAAAACAUUCUUUUGACCGUAGACGAGUCUUACGUCAAGAAGAUGGCUGUCGAAGCGACGCAGUGGCAAAAGUCUGGCGUGGCACCACCGUCUGGUUCUGCAGUGAGUACAGCUCCACAACCAAAGCAGGUCGCCAAAAUGUCAAAGAAUAAAAAGAAGAAAAUGAAGAAGAAGCUAAAGAAGCAAGCGGCACAGCUAGAAAAAGAAGAAGUAGGAAUGACAGAAGAGGGAGAGGAGGACACGGCGGAAACGGCAUCUGACGUAUCCUCUGCCCCCGUUUCUGUGUCGGCUACUCUGCAGAAUGACACCAACCCUUUUAUCGCAGAGUCUCCUGCCCUAAAGCUACCCCCGCAGACUUCAGAGACAGCUGUACUCACAGAUGGCGCCGCCAACGAAGAGAGCAACACUGAGAUGAAGUGCAACGGCAACACCUAUUCACCUGUUAGAAAAGUCAAUUUUGAAAGUGGGACCAAGCUGUCAACGGAAGAGCUAGAGGACCAACCGAAUGCAAACCAGGUAGAUGAUGGAACGGAGACUCUUGACGCAGUAUGUCACAAACGUGACCUUGAAAGUUGUAACGGUCCUUCUGAGCACCCCGAGCAUCCGUCGCAAGAAAAUCUGCAGCCACCUGCUUCCCUCAGCGAAUAUGUUGCCAACCCGGAGCUGAAUGAUGCUGUCCAAGCAAAGAGUAAGGAGGAAGAGAUGGACAUUCAAGGGGAGAACAAAACGCAAGGUGAAGAUGUCAAGAACAGCCGAAAUGAAUCGCCUACUAGCUUGUUAGUAAACCCCUUGGAUCCUCUGAAUGCUGACAAGUUGCAGAUUAAGAUUGCUGACCUUGGAAAUGCCUGCUGGGUGCACAAGCAUUUUACAGACGAUAUCCAGACUCGGCAGUAUCGUUCACUCGAGGUGCUGUUAGGGUCUGGCUACGGCACACCGGCAGAUAUUUGGAGCACGGCCUGCAUGGCCUUCGAACUAGCAACAGGAGACUAUUUGUUUGAGCCCCACUCUGGAGAAGAUUAUUCCAGAGAUGACGAUCACAUAGCUCUGAUCAUCGAGCUGCUCGGCAAAGUUCCACGUAAGCUCAUCACGGCGGGCAAAUACUCCAAGGUGUUUUUCACCAAGAAGGGGGACUUGCGACAUAUCACCAGGCUGAAACCAUGGGGCAUGUUUGACGUGUUGGUGGAGAAGUACGAGUGGUCCAAAGAAGAGGCUCAAUGCUUCAGCAGCUUCCUACAGCCCAUGCUGGACCUCGUCCCGGAAAGGAGGGCCACGGCGGCUGAGUGCCUCUCGCACGCGUGGCUGGCAUAAGUCCACCGAUGCACGUAUAUUAUUUACCUAAACAGGAUAAGUGUGAAUAUUCCGGGUAUAAACGGACAACACAUUUGUCUGCAAAAUGCUGUGACUGACAGUACGCGACCUUCAAACGCAACCUACACACCAGUUCACUCUCUUGAUAGGGAGCUACAGCGAUUGCUAUCAAAAUCCCUGUUUUUUUUUCCAAGGCAAAAUGUGCAGUCCUGUUUACCUUUGCAUUAACGGUGCCAUCUUUUUAUAACUUAAGUUGUCAAAAGCCAUCAAACUAAGCCAAUAAAAUACUUGUGAAAGACUAGGAAGCCUAUAAACAUUUCUACAUUUGUACACAAUUUGAAGAGGAAUAGAUUUGAUACGUUUUGCUAUUGAGGUUUUCAGUUCGGCACAAAGUAAUGACUACAAUCAAUAGGACACUAGAUUUUUUUGAAACCACAAAUGCACAAGCAGUUGCCUUUCAGUUUUUUUUCUUUCUAACUGCAUGGAAAUGAGCCCUACUUAAAUGUUGUUCAACAAACCCACUACUCUCACCUGAAAAGGAAUUGGCUUAUACUGUAGUUUAUCUGUCACGUUUCACCCUUAAGCUGUUUGUUUCUGUAGGUAAGAAGAAUAAAAGAUUAAAAGUCUA